AUGGAGCCCUCCGUCACCCAUCGCCCAUGGGAGCCUGUCUCAGGCCCUCAGACGCCGGCUGCCUCGACGCAGACGCUACCGUCGAUAUCGACGCUCACCGCGAACAUGAACGGCUCUGGGCCCAAUCCCUCGGAGAAGUCACCCGGGAAUUCAUCGUUGAACACGAUCGAGCGCGACUCGGGGAAUUGGUCCAUGCCGCAAAGCACAAGUGCGCAAACCUUUUCCUCGUCGCGGACCGCAAAUGCUGACCCUCCAGGAUCCUCCACCUACUCUACCGCCACCAACGGCACCGGCAACAACUAUCCCUCCCUCACCUUCCUGACCUCGACCUCGCAACCCUCGCCCAAUCGCGGGCACCCCGCUCCGGAUCGGUCGCCGUACCCGCACGAUCAAUCGACGACACCCUCAUCCGCGGGCGGCCAGCAGCAGCCCUCACCCAACUUCAACUCAUCGCAGCCAAACUCGGCCCUCCCCUCGAUCAACCAGAACUUUGACGUCCCACAGCGGGGCAGCGCCGCCGAUAUCCCCGAGUCCCGCCGCAGCAGUGUCGAUAGUCGCAUGAACCAAGGGAUCAGUUCGUUGGCCAUCAACCCGGCGUCGCCCUACCACAGCACCAAUGCGUCGCAAUCCUCGAUCGUGUCGAGUCUCCAGCGGGAGCGCGGCAUCACUACCGACAUGAACUCAUACCGGGGCCCUCGCUAUUCCGGGGGCAGUCAGCCGCUGUCUCCGUUGGGUCCGCGCCCGGGCGAGCACCGCGGGUUCGCCGCUGGCCGUACGGCGCCUGCCAUCUCGUCGAAUCCUCGGUCAGAAAUUUACAACGCGGAGGCUCCUACGGCUGGUAUGGCCUAUGCCUUCCCGGAUCCCGAUGUCGCGCGGUCUAGCUCGAUCUCCUCCACAGAGAAGUCCAACCCGCCGUUCUCCCGGAAAGGUAGCACGGCCGAAUCUCUCAGUAGUAUGUACUCGGAAUCUCGUAUGCCCCGAGGUCAACAUGAAUUGCCCCAAAAUGUACACCACCAUUCCUUGCAACACAGGCAGGUCCGCGACCUGAUCGGGGAAGCCGACCCGUCUGGGAACACCCCGUAUAGCCGAACGCCCGAAUUGCGUGUCACCCACAAGCUGGCCGAGCGAAAGCGCCGCAGCGAAAUGAAGGAUUGUUUCGAGGCCCUGCGUCUGCGCCUGCCCCAAGCUCAGAACAACAAGUCGAGCAAGUGGGAGACGCUGACCCGCGCCAUCGAUUAUAUUACCUCUCUGGAGAAAUCGGUCACCCAAAUGCGUCGGGAACACUCGGUCAUGCGGACGGAGAUGGAGGAACUGCGCGCGCAGCUGAACCAACAACACGCCAACGGUGCCUCGCGACCGGGCUCGAUCUUCGAGCAUCACCCCAUGUCCACCACUCCGACCAACGGCCAGCCCCAAGCCCCUGUGUUUACCGGCUUUGGGAAUGGAUCGGCCGUGGCUCAGGAGCAACCGCGCACACUGCCCCCGCUCAUGAAUGGCUCCGUGGCCCUGAUGCAGGGGAUUCAAUACACCGACGACCGACGGUAA